AUGUUUGGAAAGAGGCAAAGGCUCCUAAAAAGAGCAAGAAAAAAGUUCGCAAGGAUCAGUGAGACAAUAGUGGGGAGAUGCAAUGAGACUCUGUCCGUCUUUUGAAGAUGAAACAAGAGUUAUUUUUCUAUGAGCAAGUGAGCAUGAUCAAUAAGUUAUAGCUUCCAGUGGUGGAUUCCAAGGCCUAUGAGCUAAGAUAUUUGUUGUGACUGUAACAUGCAGAAACAAUAUUGUUCCCACCUUACAAUAAUUUUUUUAAUGUUCCGGGUCUGUUUACAUCUUACCUAGUAUGUGCAAGGACUCACUUACAUGUGUGCAAAUAUUGGCAUGGAUAUGUGUUGUUCACAGGACAAUGCAUAUUUGCAUUAAUGCAUUGUUGUUCAAUCAGACACACAUUCCUUUCAUGUAAGUGGGUAAGUGCACUUGGGGUACAUGUAUGUGAGUUAAUGUAUGUUUGUGGUAAAUCUUAUGUGCAAAAGAUUGUAAGACUUUCUGUAAUCUGAAGGCGUUUUUAUUUGAUGAUGAAUAUAUAUUUAUAAGUUUUUGUUUCCUUGGUGCCAAUGAUAACAAAAAAUUUAAUAAUGUUGUUAUUGGUGUUGUUGAUGUUGUUGUUGAUGUUGUUGUGGUAAAAUGACUUAUAAACAUGGGUGUUUUGGACAUCAGUUGCAGUCUUACCAUUCCAUUGGGGAAAUCAGUCAAAUAUUUAAAUAACAUGGUGCAGGAAAAUGAGUAUUUUGUAUUAUUUGUAUUAAACAUAAAUAAUUUAAUAUAAAAAAUGCAUUACGAUAUGACCAAAUAAUGAGAAAAAUCAAGAAAAUGUAUGACAUAAGUAUGUAAUUAUAAAAAUGUAUUACAAUAUGGCCAAAUAAUGAGAAAAAUCAUGAAAAUGUAUCACAAAUUAUAAGUAUGUAAUUAUAAAAAAUGCAUGAUAAUAUGACCAAAUAAUAAGAAAAAUCAAGAAAAUGUAUGACAUAUUAUAAGUGCAUUGUGUGUUGUGAAUAUUUAUAAAUUUAAAUGACAGUGUAAUACACAGAGAUUAUUGUACUCUAGAUUUAAUGAACAACUUGUGAAAUAUAAAUAACUAAGAAUUAUAGAAAGGCUAUAGCCAUUAUUAUUGGCUGAAAGCAAGACACCAACUCAGAAAUUAUGUGGUGUCUAUAAACGGCAGUGGUACUUGUCUGCAAGUAAAAUUGAUGUGUGUUAAUUUCUCAACAAACUGCUCCUCAUGUGUCAUUACAGUGGCUUUAUUGUAAUAGUAGAGGGGUGUUGUCUUGCAUACUGUCUUGUAUGGUUCAUUUUUUCUUUGGUAUGUUAAAGAGAUUAAUUCAUAAACUUAAUUAUGGUUUGGAUGAAAAUAGACCUAGUUCCUAAAACUUUUUUUCCUUUUUUGUUCCUAUCUUUUCUGUUUUCAUCAAAAAAAGGAGGUGACAGCAUUGGCAUUAGUCAUAGCACCUGCAGGCAACAGCUGGAGCAAAUGAUCUGCUAGGUGCAGAUUCUUUCCAAGAUAGUAUUGAAAAAUGAAUAAUGUUCUUGUGCAUUAUUUAUUCCAGAGAAGCUUGCAUAAAUUUAUGUAACCAAUUGAUAAUUAUGGUUAAUCACUUGCAUCACAUUUACUGCCAUUGCAAACUUAUGUCCAAAUAUAUUAACGGUGAAUUUGACAAAAUUUCAGUUGUAUCCAUCAAAAUAAAAUACUAAUUGAUAUGGUGCUUUAAUAUGUUACAUGCAAAUGUGGUAACUAAAGCCAACUAGCUUGAAGAAACUAGUGGUGAUAUACUGUGAUGGACUUGCAUGUUUCUCUUGCAUAUCUUACAAUUCAGGUGUCAGAAAAUCCUGAUUUUGUAUUUAUUUCAUGUGUUUUUAUUCAUAUUACAUCAGUAAAAGUCUGAGAAUAUAUGGUACUCUGUGCAAGGAAGUUCAUUUUGAUGUAAAUUUUUGUAGCCAGCUGUGAAAACUGUAUCCAAAAACAAGUUAUAAGAUUUCUUUUGAUGUCCCAAAGUUGUUUGUGCGUUCAUUACAAUCUGCUUCUCAGUCGCCAACCUGUACUUAAUAUUUAUAAUCAGAAUAGCAAUAAUAAAUUUAUUGCAACUCAUUUCUGCAUGUAUAAUGUAUACAAUAUGCCAAGAGUUCACUCCUUUGAUUUCUAAAGCACAGCUUUACGAACUAGUUUUGUAUUUCCUUAUCACAAACCAGAAUCUAUUCCAACAAUGCUUCAUAAUCUUGGC